AUGCCAAAGACUCGCGUUCGUGUAGUAGAGGGCUCAUGCUGGCCCUGCAAAAAGCGCAGAAUUAAAUGCGAUCUCGCAAAACCAACCUGUUCGCGCUGCGCCAAAGUCGGAGCUGCAUGUGAUUAUAACGAACGGCUCAUUCGCUGGAGUACACGGCCUGCUGUUACGGUCCCGGCGAUAUAUCAGAUUACCACGCGCGAUGAGCAACUCGCUGCGUCACUAGCAGUAUACGAGAAGCGCUCGUUGGAUUACUUUCACGGAAGGUUCUGGCCUUUGUUGACGACUGCUUCGAAACCUUGUGCGCCACCUACUUUUGUUGCGCUGCAGCAUCGUGUUGUGUUACUUGCGACGUGUGUUCUUGCUGAUUCGCAUCGGUGGUUGCAGGAUGGACGGAACAGUCGGAGUAUUUUGAACGUGAAGAGGAUGGAAUGCUUGGCUGCGCUGAGAGAAGAGGUCGAUGGAUGUUGUUCGAAAGAAGAUGGUCCUUUGCAGACGUUGCUAUUUGCGGUGCUGUUACUCUACUUCCAUGAUGGAUUCCUCGAAUGCGCGCAAUCAUCAGCAUCGACGUCAAGUCACAGAGACGGAGUCUUGGCCAUCGUCAACCAACUCGGCGGCAUGACCACUGUACUAGGUACAGGCCAGGAUCCGCUUCAUAUGAUGCUAUCAGAAUUUGCGACGACAGAUCUCACAAGCGCUAUGCUUACAGGAAAACCACCAUCAUUCCCGCCGGCGAUCUGGGAGGUCGUUGACCGAGGACCUGUUUGGUGGGGACGAGAUACACAAGGUUAUUGCUCCUUGUCAACGGUCUUUCAGCAAAUUUCGAGUAUGGCGUUUUAUCUUGAUGCGACGACACGGAUGGUCGAAGAGUUCUCGAUUGAGAGGAUACGCAUCUUCGAAGCGGCUUUGAGGCCGACAUAUGCUUCAUUGGCUAUUGAAGAUUUGACGUCGCCUCGUUCAUCACCUGUUAAUACACCGUCAACCGAAUGCGACACAGAAUCAGCACAAGCCUUUAGCCUUGUUCGCAUCUUCCAGCAUGCCGCACUGAUCUACUUGUACCGAGCUGUCUGCGGUCUACCAGCAAACCAUGCCCUCGUCCAGCAACAUACCCAAUCUUGUCUCGACUGUAUCUUCAGUAUCCAGAAACCGUCGAAAAUUCUCAACUGCGCUGUACUACCUAUCUGCAUAGCAGGAGCGCACUCACAAUGCCCAAAGCAACAGCGUCUAGUGCGUGGUCUUGCAGGAUUUAUUUAUGAUGAGAUACGAUUUGCUUCGGUCCAUUCAGUCAUCGCGGUGUUGGAGGAUAUUUGGAAACGAGCGCCUGAGGAGGAUAUGAUGUGGAAUCAGAUGUUUUCGAAUUUGAAUCCUCAGGCUAUUAUUCUCUGA